UGCAAGGUUCGCCAUCUUUGUCACAUGUCCAUUUUUCCUCUCACAUGACCUGUUGUUUGGCCCCGUGAUCAAGCUGAAAUUAUCCUGGUAAAUUCAAAACAACUGGAAAAGCACAUGGAUAUACUCGACGAAGCCUUGGAUGGCAGUCAAGGCAAAGACGACUCUAAUUCCGAUGAUGUUCAGAUAACACAGGGACCAGAUGACGAGUCGUCAGGACUGCCACCAGGCACUACCCUGGCUAUUGACCCCAACAACCUUCACCAGUAUCAGUUUAGGACGGACCAAGGAGGUGUGACCUACCGGGUGGUUCAAGUGGCCUCAGGGGAUGGGUCAGACGGACACGCACAGGUCGCAGCCUUCGCCUCAGGGUCUCAGGUCAUACAGAGCCCGUUUGGUGGAGGGAGCCCUAACGGGGACAGUGAGGGCAACGCCCAGUUCACAUAUUUCCCCACCGCUGGGGACGUUGUCACCUCACAGGCAGGGGCGUGUGGUGGCCCUGCUCAGGCAGGUUGCGAAUGA